GUAACGCUAGCCACACUUGUAGACAUCGUUGAGCUCCCGGGUCGUGAAUAUUGGGGCUGCCGGAGUAUUUUUUGAAGAAACUUUUCGUUCUGAAGAGGGAAAAAAGGAUUAUCUCCUACGUCUGGCUACCAGUUGCAUUUCCUACCAGUGCUGGGGAUUUAAAAUCUAAAAGGCCGUUGAGGUUUUAUUUUUAGAUUUUUUUUUUCGUUUUUGGUUCGAUAACUAGUUAGUCACGUAAAGGAAGAUGGGUUCGCAAUCGUCCAAGGGUGAAAUGACCAUCGAAGGAAAAGCCGCCGUUGCCGACCCGGCGGCCGCUAAAAUUAAUGGCCAGGAGAACGGCCACGUGAAGACAAACGGCGACGUGUCGGCCAAGCCCGACGGAGACGCCGCCGCCGCCGCUGCCAACGGCAACGGCUCCGCGGAGGCGGCCGCCAAGGAGGCCGAGACCGGCGCGGGGGACGCCAUCGAGCCGGCGCCCGCGGCCGAGGGCGAGGCCGCCAAGGCGGAGGGCGGCGAGGCCGCGCCCAAGGAGACCAAGAAGAAGAAGCUCUUCUCCCUGAAGAACUCCUUCAAGUUCAAGGGCAUCACGCUGAAGAAGUCCAAGAAGCCUGCCGCGGAGGCUAAGGAGGAGGCCGCCGCCGCCGCCAACGGCGCCGCCGCCGCCGGCGAGGAGAAGCCGGCGGAGAACGAGUCCGCGGCGCCGGCGGCCGAGGAGGAGGAGGAGAAGAAGGAGAAGAAGGAGGAGGAGGCGGCGGCUCCGACGACGGCAGAGCCGGCUGCCGCGGCAGCAGCAGCACCAGAGCAGGAGGAGGCCAAGGCGGAGGCCGCACCCCCCGCGGAGGUGGCCAGCGCGGCGCCCGAACCCGCCAAAGCCGAUGAGGAGCCCCCCGCCGUCAAGGCGGAGGAGCCCGCCGCCGCCGCCGCCGCCGAGCCGGCCGUCGCCGAGCCCACCGCGGCCGAGGACACGACACCCGCGCCCUCCGAAGCCAACGAGGAGUGACCGCGCGCUCGCCGAGGACUCUGGGAACUGUUGUUUUUCAAGAUUAAAAAAAAAAACAAAACAAAACAAAAAAAAAACAAGAGAAAGAAAGAAAGAAAGAAAGAAAGAAAAAAUAUAUAUAAAUAUAUAUGAGACUUCUUGUGCCACAUUCUUUAAAAAAUGUAAAAUAUUAUACAAAAAAAAAAUACAAUUAUCACACAGCUGAUUUCAUCCACAAGUUCACAGACUUUUUUUUUUUUUUUCUGCUGAUGGAGCCUUUCGACCACGCCCCCCCUCUCCAUGUUCUUGGUGAAAGUCGUGCCAGGUUCCUGUUUGAUGGCAUGCUGUUCUUUCGGGGGGAGGGGGGCAGGUGGGGGUGAGGAGGUUUGGGAAUGGAACAUCCGUGGAAGGAAUCAAGAUGUUGACUUUUUGCCCCCUCUUCUUCUCCAAGAUGUCAGCCGUUUCUAAUGGUGUGGCAGCCGCUGUCUUUCUCCAACCCUGGAUCUGAGUUUCCACAGGCAGAAUGGAGCGAGGGAUGACCUUAUCCUCCAUUUCAAAGGACUGUUAUAUGGACAUAAACCUUCCAGAAAAGAAAAAAACAUUAACUUUUAGAAUAUUACAUUCCUGUUUUACCCCCUCCCCCUCCCCCCCAAACCCCCUCCGGUAUUAUGUGCUGUAUAGAGGAGAAAAGCAUUUUAAAUAUGGAAAAAAAAAGCUUAUAGUCUUUGUUUGUUUACAGUGUAUUUUACUUUUUUUUUUCUCCUUUUGGCUAAGAACACAUUUGAGCUUUUAUUUUUCCGUCUGCUGUUCAAAUUUCACAUUUUCGAACAGGAGGUGGAAACCGAGCAGAAAACAGCCAUCAUCGCUCCACUUCUCUUUGUCUCUGUAAAUAAGUUUUUGGCCAAUGUCUUUUUUUUUUCUGUUUAUUUCGCUAACGUUUAAAGAUGAUGUUAAUGGUUUUAUUGUAACGUUAAUAAGGGUGAAUAAAUGUUGGGCCCGUACAGGCUACUGUGUAA